CACUACAACAUCAACUACAACAACAACUACUCCUCCUCCUCCUCCUACAACAACAAUCCCACCACCACCUUCUCCCCAAUUCACCCAACUCCAAACCCAAAAUGACCUACACAACCAACCACACCUCCCCCGUCCUCACCACCCACAACUGGCGCACCCUCACCAACUCCGCCUCCUACCUCCUCCCUUACCUCACCCCCAGCAUGCAAAUCCUCGACAUCGGCUGCGGCCCCGGAAGCAUGACCAUCGAUUUCGCCCGGCGCGUACCCCACGGGCACGUAAUCGGUCUCGAACCCGUCCCUGAACCUUUAACCCACGCGCGCAACCUCGCCUCCACCGAAUCCAUCACCAACGUUACAUUCCAAAUUGGCGAUAUCCACUCUCUCCCCUUUGGCGACAACACCUUCGACCUAGUCCACGUACACCAAGUCCUGCAGCAUAUCGCUGAUCCGGUGCAAGCGUUGAGGGAAAUGCGGAGAGUAACCAAGCCGAAUGGGAUCGUGGCCGCAAGGGAGAGUAGUAAGAUGAGUUGGUACCCGGAGGAUAACGAGGGGAUAAGGAAGUGGAAUGAGUUGAUGGAGAGGGUGGGGAGGGGGAAUGGCGGGAAUCCGAACCCCGGGGAAAGGAUACAUGUUUGGGCUGUGGAGGCGGGGUUUGAGAGGGAGAAGGUGAGGAGGAGUGCGGGGGCGUGGUGCUUUAGUGAGCUGGAGGAGAGGAGGUAUUGGGGGGGUCGGGGGAGUAAGUGGGCCGAGGUGGUGGUUGAGGGGGGGUAUGCGACGAGGGAGGAGUUGGAGGGGGUGGUUAGGGGGUGGGAGGAGUGGGUGGGUUGUGAGGAGGGGUGGUUUGGGGUUUUGCAUGGGGAGAUUGUUUGUUGGAAGUAG